UUUCAGAAUUUUCAAGAUCUGAAAAUCUUAAAAAUGAUAAUGACAGCCUAAAAAGCAACGACAAUUGUCCACCAUUGAUCAUUCUUGUGAAAUUGUUUGGAAUGUUAAAAGUUAUUUCCGGCAAUUACAUUUAUUGACGAAAUAAUUUGAAAAUUUUUGCUUAAUAAUACGCUAAUGAUAAGCUGUUAUUAUCUCAAAGAUUAUCACUAAUUUUUUGCGAAAGUUUUCUUUUUCUUUUUUUUAAUUUUGGAAUGAAAUACUGAUUUGCUGAUUUAUGAAAUGAUAUUAUCUUGAUGUGUUGCAAAUAUUUUCACUACGUUCCAUGGGCUUCACUAUUUGCUCUUAUCAUUUCCAUUCUUGGCUCUGUCAUGUUUAUCAUUCUUUUCGAUGGUGCAUUACAAGGAUUUGCUGAACAGCUUAAUGUAUUAGUACCAGUGGGUACAUUUUCGAAAUUUCGAUGGCUUCUUAUCAUCAUUACAUUACUUCUUAUCAUUGCCGUUAUUGGAUUUCUAUUUGUUGGAGCAGCUGCUACAUCUGUAUCAGUUCGUUAUCACAAAAAAGCAGAUAUACCAGAUGAACGAUCAUUUCUUAUUCGAACUGUUACAUCACCAUGUAUUCUUGGCUUAUUAUCAUUGGUACUUAGUACUUUAGUAGUAUUUUGGUGUGCAAUUGUAUCAAUUAAUGCCGUAUUUGCAUCAUUUUACAUCGUAUUUAUUAGCGCUAUAUACUCAUUUUGUAAUAUGGUAGAUAAUCAGUGCUUUGAUUUCACCGUAUUACUACCUGCUAUUAUCAAUCGCAUUAGCAAUAAGAAAGUGGAUUUGAAAUUUUGCAAAGACAAAAAGAAAGCAUUAUGCGCGGCUGAAAAUAAUCAAAUAUGGCCAUUUAUUGGUGCUUUAUUAUUUUGUUUUCUUACUCUUGCAGGAUUAGUCUAUUUUCUAAUGUGUAUGAAUGCUAAUUACACAAGGAUUCGUUCGGAAAGACGAGCACGUAAAGGUGAGCAUUAUGCGAUGAAUCAGGGUACGGUUGAUUCGAACUCAUUCAUCCUUACAAAUAUGGGAAAAUAGAUGAAACAAAUUUGUAAUCAAUCUAUGAUAUUAAAAGGAUUAAUAAACAAAUGUGAUAAUAGUAAUAACAGCUUGUCAAUUACGCAAAUGUGAUAAUAACUUAUCAACUAAUGCUUUUUUUUCCGUUAAAUGCUUCUCGUAGUAAUACAUUUAAUAUGACACAAUGAGACAAUAAUAUGUCAAUACACAAUAAUAUGGCAUAUCUCUAUAGACC